UUUUUUUCACGCAACGACUGACCAAAAUGUCGAAGGAAAAAUUUCCCAUUCCCCUAGAGUUUCAAUCCCAGCUCCGGUUCGUUGAGUUGCAGGACACGCGAAGCAACGCCGAAAUCCUCGAAACCCUGACUAAACAUGACCCCAUCACCUCGGAGAAGAAUGUCUGGACAUACUGGCACGCUGGAGUCAUGGCUAUGCCUGCAUGGUGCCAGCGAAAUAUCAUAAAUUGGGUGCGACUCCUCGGUCCAAGCUGGACUGUCCGCGUCCUCGACGCCGUUCCUGGAUCUGCGAAUCACGCACUGUCAUGGAUUGUUCCGGGCGAGCUUCCGGUAGCUUUUGUAAAAGGCACGAUGGAGGGACCCUAUACUGGCCCACACAGUGCAGAUUUUCUCCGGGGCGCAGCCAUCUACAAUUUCGGCGGUGUGUGGAUGGAUGUUGGCUGUAUCUUGAUCCGCCAUCUGGACAAUGUCUGUUGGGAUCAGCUGAGCGAUGAAAAGAGCCCGUUUACAGUGAGCGUGCCGUGGAUGUAUGGGCAGAUUGUGGCAAAUCAUUUUUUUGCUGGGAGAAAGGGUGACCCAUUUAUCAAACGAUGGCAUGAUCUCUUCUUGCACUUCUGGCAAGGUCAAAACGACCAUCGAAACAUCAUUAAAUCACCCCUCAUCGGCUUUGUCAAGGAUAUCGACUUCUCAGCAUCCCAAGAGCGAGGCUUCAAAUGGGAUUUCAAAGUUGACGCAGCUACAGUCAUGGGCUACAUCGGGCAAGUCAUGGCGUGGACACGUCUGGCUUGGCUCGAGGAACCUAAUGGCGGCUUCAACGGCGUCGAGUACUACGCUAAUAAGGUAUUGCUGUUUGAUAGCUUGACUGAAUCUUGGGCUGCGGAGCAGAUCGUCGGGUUUGAAGGGAAAGGUUUGUUCGAUGCGUUUACGACAAGGCGGGAUGCAGAUCCGGAAUCGGAGGAGUACAAGAAGGCGUAUGAAACCAUUUGGAGGUUGUUAACGAAAAGCAGUUUGCAGAAGAUUACGCAUGGGAAGGGCUUGACUCACAGUCCUGCCUGUGGUCUGCUGCUCGAUCAACCAGAGAAUGAAGGGAAGGAUAUGGGGUCAGGGACGUUUGCAGAGUUGUUGAGAUAUGGUUGUGUGCACUUUGAACAGACAAGGGAGGCUAUUGACUAUGUAAAGGCGGAGAAGCCAGCUCCCGAGGUUAUUAUUCGGAAGGGCUUGACGGAACCGUGAGCAUUGAGACUAGAUCCAAGUGUUAAUCUACAGAAGACACAUGGGUAGUAUCAGGAUUUACCAAACGAAUACUCGAGAAAUUGCGUAGUU